UGCCCGCAAUUGCCCCUCUUUUGCUGUGGGCCAUUACUAUAUAAACCCCCUGGCCCUGGCGAGCCUUCAGAAAUUUACCACUGGGCCUGUAGUCUCUCACAACCUCUAGCAAAUACGAUCACCAUGCUCGCAGUAAGAUCAAUUAAACCAACUAUCAGAACCUCUAUCAGAACUUUCUCUGUAUCCAGCAGGGCUUUCACAAGAUUGCCUCUUUCUGUUCCAAUCACUUUGCCAAAUGGGGUGAAAUAUGAACAACCAACUGGUCUCUUUAUCAACAAUGAGUUUGUCUCUUCCCGACAGGGCAAGACUUUUGAAGUCUUGAACCCUUCUACUGAAGAGGAAAUCACCCAUGUGUACGAAGCACGUGAAGAUGAUGUUGACCAUGCUGUUGAAGCUGCUCACAAUGCUUUCAAGCACACUGACUGGGCCACUCAAGACCCAGCUAAUAGAGCCAAGAUUCUUAACAAGUUGGCUGACUUGAUUGACGAACACUCCUCCGUAUUGGCUAGUAUUGAAUCUCUUGAUAACGGGAAGGCCAUCUCUUCUGCAAAAGGGGACGUUGGUCUUGUUGCAAGCUACAUUAGAUACGCUGCUGGUUUAGCCAUUAACUACCAAGGUUCUAUUGUCGACACUGGCUCUACUCAUUUCAAUUACACAAAGAAGGAGCCUUUGGGUGUUUGUGGUCAAAUCAUUCCAUGGAACUUUCCAUUGUUGAUGUGGUCUUGGAAAAUUGCUCCAGCUUUGGCUACAGGUAAUACUGUUGUUCUUAAGCCAGCAGAAUCCACCCCAUUAUCGGCCUUGUAUGUUUCCCAAUUGGUUAAGGAGGCUGGUGUUCCAGCGGGUGUCUACAACUUGAUCCCAGGGUUUGGUAAGAUUGUUGGUGAAGCAAUUUCUACUCAUAAAAAGAUCAAGAAGGUUGCCUUCACUGGUUCCACUGCUACUGGUAAAAGAAUUGCCGAGGCUGCUGCCCAAAGUAACUUGAAGAAAGUUUCAUUGGAAUUGGGUGGUAAAUCUCCAAACAUUGUUUUCAAUGACGCCAACCUUGACAAGACAAUUAACAACAUUUUGGUUUCCAUUUUCUACAAUUCUGGUGAGGUUUGCUGUGCCGGUUCUAGACUUUAUGUUCAAGAAGGCAUUUAUGACGAACUUGCUGCCAAAUUGAAGACUGCUAUUGAGCAAGUAAAAGUUGGCGACCCAUUUGAUGAAGCCACCUUCCAAGGUGCUCAAACAUCCCAACAACAACUUGAUAAGAUCUUGGGAUACAUUGAUAUUGGGAAGAAAGAAGGAGCUACUGUCAUUACUGGUGGUGAAAGAGUAGGUAACAAGGGUUACUUCAUCAAACCAACUGUUUUUGGUGAUGUUACAGAGAAUAUGCAGAUUGUCAGAGAAGAAAUCUUUGGCCCUGUUGUUUCUCUUACUAAAUUCAAGACAAUUGAUGAAGUCAUUGAAAAAGCUAAUAAUUCUGAGUAUGGUUUGGCUGCCGGUAUUCAUACUACUGACUUGAACAAGGCAGUUGAUGUUUCCAACAGAUUAGAAGCGGGUACUGUCUGGAUUAACACUUAUAACGUGAGUAUUUUUGCUUUUUAUGAUUUCCAUGCUGCAGUUCCAUUCGGUGGAUAUAAACAAUCUGGAUUCGGUCGUGAAAUGGGUGUUGAAGCUUUGGAAUCGUACACUCAAGUGAAGGCAGUUCGUGCUGCUAUUGAAAAGAAGAAUGAAUAA